AUGUCGAAGCGGAAGCAACAACGCAAGGCCAAGGCGGCAGGUCAAACCGCACCUGCGCGGACACCUGGUGAGUCGUCCGCAGCAGCUGAGAGUGCCACGUCAACGUGUAACGACCAAUCAAACAGUGCCACGCAGGCAACUGAGUUUCAAACUAGCGCCAGUGAUGCCGAUUCGUCGCAAGCAGCUUCGGCUGGUUGUAUUCCUGGAUCGGAAGUUUUGGCGAAUGAUGCGAUGGUGGGUGAGGAAGAGGACGAGUCGUUGGCUCGCGUUGCCACGUGUCAUCACCACAAGGGGUUAGAUCUGAAGAAGUUCACUCGCGAGCUGAAGAAGCGCCACGUGGAUGCGUGCGAUCCGUGCAGCCAGCACAGCCACCGAUUGGCUAGUAGCAAGAAGGAGCACGCGACGCCUAUAACGGGUACGGCGGAUGAGUCGCUCUGGGUGUGCCUGGUGUGCGCGCGGGGGUUUUGCGGAGAUGCGAAAAUGGCGGAAGGGGAUGCGGAAACAGGGAAAGGUUAUGGCGGAAGGGAUGGGGAGGGCGCUGGCGCGCGGGAGAGCGGCUACGGGCACGCGCAGCAGCACUGGAGUCAGCUGAAGAGCCACGCGCUGAUGGCGCACGCGCAGUCCUUGCGCGUCUGGUGCUUCCGCUGCCACCGCUGCGUGCUGCUGCGCGCCGAUGGCGACGAGCGCGCGCAGGCGGAUGGCGUCGAGUGCGCGCAAACGGAAGAAACUCCGGUCGUGGAGGAGCCGGAGGGACAGGGGGAGGCGGGAGGGGGAGAGGCGCGGAGUGACACGUCAGCGAAUGCUGGGACCACCCAUGCGAGUGAAGGGGGGAGUGCUGCUGGGGAUAGUGUUGCUGAGGGGGGCGCGCCAUGGGCGCAAAGCCUCCCCUUGGACCAUCCGCUCCGCGAGUUCCUCCUGCUGCUGGCGGAGAGGCGCGCGGAAGUGGCGCGCGCUAAGGCGGCGGAGCAGAGCAAAGGGGGGCCGAAGGAGGGAGCGACGGAGACAGGGGAGGGGCGAGGGAAGGCGAAGGAGGGGCGGGGUGCGGUGGUUGCUGCGAAAGGGAGAGAGAAGAAGAGCGGAGCGGGGAAAGGUGGGGGGGCAGCAAACGAGGGAGAGAAGGAGGAGGCGGAGGAGGGGGAGGGUGGAGAUGGGGAAGGGGAGGGGGAGGUUGAGAGGCAAGCGGGCGCGGGGGUCGAGGGGCCGGUGCGCGGGCUGAGCAAUCUGGGCAACACGUGCUUCUUCAACUCCGUCCUUCAGAACCUCGUCGCCAUCCCCGCGCUCCGAGACCACUUCCUCGCCAAUCCGGAGUUGCCACGUGUCGAGGCACCUGCUCUGGCGGACACGGGGACAGAGAGGCGGGGCGAUGGCGGAGGGGGCAAUGAAGGUGCGGACGCGGAUGGGGGGGAUAAGGAGGGGUUAGAGGGGAAGGUUGGCGGGGGACGGAAGGGGGGAGGAGUGAAGGUGGGGGGGACGAAGAGGAGAUUCAAGGGGCCCAUUGGAAUGGCCCUGAGGCGUGUCUUUGAAGACUUGAACCCGGGCCUCGUGCCUGCUGCUGAUGAUGCCGCUGGUGCCGUUGAUGCAGCUGCCCCAGGCAGCCAAUCAGAAGAAAGCAUCUGCAGUCCGCGCGGCCACGUGCCAAAGGGCAAGGCGCUCCACUCGCGCAGAUCAACAGCCCGCGCGGGGGGAGGAGGAAAGCGGGGCGCGGGGGGGAAGCAUGGCAAGGGGGGCGGGGGAAAGCGGGCGCAGCAGCACGAGGCGGAGGGCAGGGGGGGGAAAGCGCCGCCUUACAAUCCGCGGGAGCUGUUUGGUGCGGUGUGCAGGCAGGCGCCACGGUUCAGAGGGUACGAGCAGCAGGACAGUCACGAGCUGCUGCGCUGCCUGCUGCAGCUGCUGCAGGAGGAGGAGGACGGCACUGCUGCUGCCGCCGCUGCUGCUGCCCGCAAGAAGAAACGUCUAGCUGCAUCCGCUGCUCCCCCGCCCCCUCCCCCGCUUCCUCCCCCGCCCCCGACUCGCGCUAAUGCCUCCCCUCGCGCACCUCCCCCUCCUCCCACCCCGCCUCCGCCCCCGCCCCCUCCUCCCCCCUCCGCCCCGCCGCCUCCCCCUCCUCCCUCAUCCGCCCCGCCGCCUCCCCCUCCGCCCCCAUCCCUCCCUGCAGCGAACGCUGCAGGAGGGGCAGGGGGGAAAAAGGACGGGGGGAAGGCGGAGAGACUGGGCGGUUUGGGAGCAAUGGGGGACUUGAGUGCGGGGCUGGGGCAGGCGAUAGCGCGGCUGAGGCGCGUGGAGGGGGGCGCUGCCGCGGAGGAGGUGCAGCGACUGAGGGAGGAGCGGGGGGAGGAGGGCGGAGACGGCAUGGGGCUGGGAUGGCUGGAGGGGGACGGGAGCGCGGAGGAGGCGGGCGGUGGGGGAGCGGGGUGGGAGGAAGAAGAGCGGGGCGAGGAGGAAAGCGAGGAGGAGGACGAGGAUGGGGCGGAGGCAGGGCAGGAUGGGGAGGGGGGACGCGGAGGGGGAGGGGGAGAGAAUGUGAAGAGGUUGAGUGUGGUGGAGAGGCUGUUUGGCGGGGUGUUGAGCAGCACGGUGGUGUGCUGCGAGUGCGGGCACUCGUCCACUGUGAGCGAGCCCUUCCUCGACCUCUCCCUCCCCAUCCCCGUUGCCGCCCCCCCGCCCUCCCCCCGCGCGCACGUGGCAGUGCAGAGCAGCAGGAAGGGGCACGUGGGGUUGAAGGGCGCGGGGCUGGGCGAGUGGACGGCCGUAGAGAAGAGAGAUGGGAAAAAGGGACGGGGUGGUGUGACAGGUGGUGGUGUGGAAGAGGAACAACAGGGAGCAGCAGUGGAAGGGGGAGAAGUGCAUGCAGGCGAGGCGCGUGCAGAGGGAGAGGCGCCCGCAGGGGAUGGUGGCGAGACCAGCAGCAGUGGCGCUGGUGUGAACGGAAAGGCUGCUGAGGGGAGGGGUGCUGAAGGGAGUGCAGUUGAUGGUCGGGCUGCUGAGGAGACAGGGGGUGAGGGGAGAGGUGCUAGUUGUGAGGGCAGGGAGGAGCAGAGGGUGAGAGAAGAGGGGGGGAACAGGGAUGGGAGUGCGAGGCAGGCUGACAACAGCACAGUCACCGGCGCCUGCAGUGGGGUUGAACCCUCCAGCAGAGAGGCCGGCAGUGGCAGCAGCUGUAGCAGCAGCGUCAGUGCCAUGGGCAGCAGCAGUAUGGGUGGCAGUGUGGCAAGCAGCAGCAGUGCAGCGGGCGCACAGAAGGGUGGCGUUGUGAGCGUGAGCACGGAGAAAGGGAAGGGGCGGAGGGUGGGCUUUCUGUCAGAUCAGCCGCAGCCGCAGCCGCAGCAAAAGCUGCCGCAGCAGCAACAACAGAAGCAGCAGCAGGCAGCGGCGCGCAUGUCAGUGGAGGGGUGUCUGUGUGAGUUCAGCGCCGAGGAGGUGCUGCGCGGGGACGAUGCUUGGGGCUGUGAUGGGUGCACCACCAUCAGACGGAGAGAAGCGAGGCGCAGACGGAGGGAGGAGAGGCGAGGAAGGAGAGGGAAGGGCGGAGAAGGUAGUGGUGUGGUGGAUGCUGAAGGGGCGGCGGGAGAAGGGGCAGAGGGUGUGGGGAAGGUGAGUGGCGAGGAUGUGGUGUUGGCAUCAAAUGCAAGCGCUGUAGAUAGCUCUGCGAAUGAUGGGAUUGAAAGGAACAACGCGAUUGCAGCUAACGGUGCGACUGCAGAAAACGGAGACAAACAAGGGGAGGAUGAGGAGGAGGAGGGUGAGGAGGAGGGGGGGGCGGAGGAGGAGAGGGUGCGGGUGCGCAGCGAGGCUCGGAAGAGGUACCGGGUGAGCAGGGAGCCGGCCGUGCUGGUGGUGCAUCUCAAGCGCUUCCGCCACGACAACCGUGGCAGGCUUUCCAAGAUCAGUGGCCACGUGGCGUUCGGGGAGUGGCUGGACCUCAGCCCCUUCGUCGACCCCCUGCCCCCUCAGUCCCACCGGUACCGGCUAUGUGGGGUGGUGGAGCACAGUGGCACGAUGCGGGGCGGGCAUUAUGUGGCUUUUGUGCGGCGCGGCUGGCAGCAGCAGCAGCAAGGGGCUGGAGCGGAUGUGCAAAGCAGUGGGGAUUCAGAGGUGGGUGCAUGCAGCGGAGCUGAGCUGGUGCACACAGGUGGGGCAGAGGGUGACGGGGUCACAGGGCAGAUCAAUGGAGUUGUUGCACAGGGCAAUGGAGUGCUGGGAAAGGUGUGUUUGGAGCAGGCAGGGGAGAGUGGGGGAUGGGAGGGUGGGCAGUGGUGGUACAUCAGUGACACGCACGCCCAGGCAACGACCCUGGAGCGGGUGCUGCGCUGCGAAGCCUAUCUGCUAUUCUACCACCGCAUUGGAAGCUAG